AUGGGCGAGAGCUCCUCAACAACCACAGCGUCGGCUGACUGGACACAGCUUCGAUUUGACACGACACCUCUCGACUUACGAAAAUACCUCGAGACACAUCGCGACUCGCAUCUGCAGUCAGACGCACACACCUGUGUGAGUGAACUGGCCGCGUCCACGUGGGAGUACUGGGAGCCAGACUGCUUCGAAAGCCUGUUGAGAUCAGCACCCUGGUUGGCCGGCUUCACGGUGGAGGACGGGAAUCUGACCCCGGCCAGCCGCGCUCUCGACGUUCUGCCAAACCUAUGCACCAGGCUGCUGCUUCGGCUGGAUGUAAUCCUAGCCAAUUGGCUCAUCACCUCUGUCUUCAAGACAUGGCUACAAGGGUUUAGGAGGAGGAUGGAUAUCAACACGCCAAUCGUGCGACCUGCUGAACCGUCGGAUGUCGUCAAGACCAUCCUUCGCGAUGUUCCCAUUUCAAGCUCGGCGCUCAGCUCCCUGUGGUGGCAGCUACUGCAGAGCUACUCGGACUUCCGCAAAAAUUCGGUCUACCAGAUAUUCUCGACCAAGGUCGCCGAGUUUUGCCUCGAGGCCGGAUGCCCCGCCGUCACACGCAACCCUCCAGAAGAUAUAUACUCACUCCGAAACCAUCUGUUCUCCAGCGACUCGGCGGCUCGAGAAGCCGAGCUACGCAAGGAGAUUGAUGAUCUUCGAAACGCCAAUCGCUCACAACAGCGCAUCAUCACAAACCUGGCCUUUAGGCAUCUUCUGGAGAUGUUACCACCACGAGACGCAAAGGCUGGGAAUAGUGCGACAGCAGCCUGGACUGCUUUCUUCCAGACCGGGUUGAAGGAGGCACAGAGGCAGCUUGAUCGGGGUGAGUCGGGUCAUCCACUGGUUCCCGUCCUGAAAAAGUACCCGAAAAUCAAGCAGAUCGAGAAUGUGGGCACGAAUCUCUACGGCACUCUCAGCACCAAUAUCCACCACUUUUCAGGCCAGUACAAGGUCCUUGAUGACCAGUGGAAUGCGCUCGAGGUGGAUAUCCUGAGGGCGAUCACACCUCUGGCUGACAAUGAGACAGAAGCGGGUGUCGACUGGCAAAUGGAAAGAUCACGCUAUAGAGGGAGUGGCACUCACAGAUAG